AUGUGCGCCAUGGCCGCCCCGACCGACCAGGACGACUUCGAGGUGAUGAAGAACAGCUACCGCUCGUCCACGUCGAACCUGGCGCUGAGCGAGGCGCUGCAGCAGCUGGAGGAGAGUCGCGCGGCGCCGCGCAGUCCCCGCAGCCCGCAGGCGUUCCACCUGUCGCGGCGCGGCCGCACCGUCGACCGCUCGCCCAGCCCGCGGACGCCUCGCAGCCCGCGGAGCCCUCAUAGCCCGCGCAGCCCGAGCGUGUCCCGCUCGCCGUCCCCGCAUCCGAGCAGUCCGUUCCGCGGCGGGAACCUGGCGUACCUGGCGUCGCGUCGCAGCAGCCGGGACUCAGAGCGCGGUGAGCCGACCCCGCUCGACUGCACCCGCUUCCGACACCGGCGCACGUCCAACUUCCUCGAGCUGCCAGUGCCGAACCACCAGCGGCCGCGUGUCUGCAGUUUGCCCGACAAACCGUACAACCCGCGCGACCGCGGCGACAUCUACCGACUGCGCACGUUCAGCAUAACCAGCAAGGGCGUGGUGAACCGAGGCGACUCGCUCAUCUCGCGCUCCAACACGUCGGUCUGCUCCACGGCCACCCACAGCAGAAGCCCCAGCGGCACGCGUACUCCGUACGAGGGGUCACCGAGAACAUCCAGGCCGAGCAGCCGGAGCGGUGAGCGGAGCGGCAACAAGUCGCCGUUCGAAGGCUCCUGCUGUGGCUCCAGCUACAACUCCUCAGAGCAGGAGAAGGAGGACAAGGCCAUCUACAGGGCGGAGAACGCGCUGACUACAUACGCGCCGCACGCCUGCGUCGUCGUCUACUCCAUCACCGACCAGGCUAGCCUCAAGUCAGCCGAGGACACGCUCAGCUUCCUCUGGCGAGAGGGAUUCAUCCGGGAUAACUCGGUCAUCCUGGUCGGCAACAAGAGCGACAUGGUGCGCGCGCGCGUGGUCACCAUCGAAGAGGGCAAGUCGAUGGCGCAGCACCACGACACCAAGUUCAUCGAGACGUCCAGCGGCGUGCAGCACAACGUCGACGAGCUGCUGGUGGGGAUCCUCAAGCAGAUCCGACUGCGUGUCAGUCGCCAGCGCAAGAAAGAGGUGGCCGACGAGCGCAAGAAGAGGAUGCCCUCCUCGCGCACCUCGGUCACGCUCAACACGGCCAAGGAGAUGCUGGGGAAGCUCUGCAUCAUGGACAGCAAGUCCAAGUCGUGCGAGAACCUGCUGGUGCUCUAAGCCGACGGCAGGGCGAUGCCGGGCGAAUGUUGUCGCUGCGUGACGCGAUUUUGUACGUGGAACAGGGGAUAAUUUGUCGGGUGAUGCUUCAGGUCACAGGCGUGGAUAUAUGGAUGGUAUUGUGUUGCCUUGCAUUCUACCCACCAUUCCGUGUGAGCUCGCAGUGUGUGCACACUUUUUAGACAAAUACGCGUGGACCCUGCUCGCGUUGUCGUAGUGGCGUGCGCUCCGUGUGUUUCCUGGUCGCCAAGUCCUGUGGCUGCACUUCUUACGCCCAGACGUAUUUCUCUCAGGUCUUCUCAGCUCCGUCCGCCGUCAAAAUUCCAACUUAUCCGUUAUCUGAAACACCCUUGAACUCGUUGAAGCAAUCGACGUCAGUGUAAGAAACGGGCGAGCGGGCAGUCACGCAACAACGGCAUCGCUGCUCUCGUCAGGCCCGCUUCCGGGCGCGUUUCGCCGCCGCUGGCGCAAGUCGCAUAGGUGAAAGAUCGCUAUUGGUGCCAUGAAGGAUAACGCCGUUAGUUAUUUCUGGUCUUUCUCGUGCCACAUUCCACAGCAGGCAAUACGCGUGGAAUCAUGUGCCCUUGUGCAGCAGUCCACACCGCGCGUUGGAGUUAAUACGCAGUGACAUCAUCUCUACCGUCGCAGACGGCACAUUCCGCGCUCCGUAUCACCGGGCUGUGACACUUGCCCAUGAGAUACCACUGCUGCCGCCGCUUCGCCGGCGCACCGUCGCCCCAGGCCGUCAGCCGGCGCCGUGUCCGCCCGCACUACGCUCCCAGCACCGCGGCGCGCCCCGGCGGCGGAUGGAUCCGGGCCGCCGGACCCACGUGCCACUGGUGACGAACUGGUCAUCGGUGGGGCGGGGCGGCCGCGUCGAUACGGGGCCGUCGCGGUCCGGCACCGGGAACGACCGGGGGUAUGGCACCCCGCCGGCCGCGGUCCUGCCUGGCGUGACCGGCAGCGCCGCGGUCCGGCCGGUCCCGUGCGCGGUCCAGGACCGCCACACUGUCCAGGACCACCGGACGCUUCCGAACCGCCGGACGCUCCAGGAUAACCGAACGGUCCUGGAUAACCCACCCGGCCAGCUUGAGCCGGCUGAGCAUCAGACAUCGGCGAUUGGGUUGAUCACCUGUGCCCCCCCCCCCCCCUCCGACGCGCAGUGCCCACCCCCCUCUCGCACACGCGCUGCUCCCGGCAUAUCGUCCCGCUGGCUGUCCCAGUCCCGCAGCGGGAGCGUCGCUGGGCGGGACGGGCGGCGUCCCACGCGAACCGCGGGAGAAGCGGGCGACCAUGUGAUAUUUUGAUGUUGGAUGUCGGUGUGGCAUCGCGCCCGGCGCCGCAUCGUGGCGGCCGGCGCCAGGUGACAUGCGUGCGGCAAUAUGUCGUCGCGCGCGCUGAUUACUCCGGCGGAUAUUAGUGUGCGAUGGCUGUCUACAGGGCCGCGGUCCGUGUGUGCUCUGCGCGUUUGUUGCCGGUAUGUGGGCGCGGCUCUGCGAUCUGUCUGUUUGGCCACUUCUGGACGGACCGUUUGCUCGCCGGAUCCUAGUGAAAGGCGUCGUGUUCAGGCAUUGCUUUCAGAGGUGAUGGAGUGGUGUAUGAGAGGCAUGUUGCAAUGCGUGAGCGAAAGAAGUGUGCGUUCUUGGAGUGCGGAGUGCCACACGCUUAUGCGGGUGCAUGUUUCCGACAUUGAUUACUGAUAGGACUGAUUACUGUUGAUUACUUAUGGGUGCAUGUUUGCAGGCGCUAAUGCGCAAGUGGAAGUGAAGAAAAAUGAGACGGAGAACGGUCGGAAGAGAUCAAUAUCGACAUUUACGUGACAUGUUCGGGGAAUGAAAGCUUCGCGUGAAAAUAAAAUACUCCGGAGUCGGAGAACCCUACGCACCUCAACCCGUUUAGAAGUAGGUCUGUCCAUAUGUUCUCGUGCACAAAUCUCUAUGUGACAGCGACACCUUGGAAAAGAUGUUCAUGCCUUUAGUGUAAGCCCCUUGAAUAAACUUGU